AGGGCUGUCCCAGUGUCCCAAAGGCGAGGAGUUUGCCUACAGCGGGCCAGUCUAUCACAGGAGAGGGAGGGGAGAACCUGGAAAGUUGUGGGCAGGAGGCGGAGUUGUACAGAGAUCCCAGCCAGCCCGGAGCAGUGGCUGUUGCAACAGAUCUGGGGAGUGAGGGCCACCUUGCAGUAGUACCGCCACCUGAUCUAGGAACUUUAGAGCAGGCUUGAUCCCUGGCAUUUUGUGCGCGAUUCCAGAUCUGUCGGGGGAAAGCAGAGGAUCUGUAUGGUCUGGAUGGGGAUAAUUCGUUGCUGUGAGUGAGCUGCACCAUUCUUACCACGGGCAGGGAUUCCAGUACCCUGUGACUUGAAAGCUCCCUCACCGACCGCUGUAAUUCAUCAUCACCACCUUCCAAAUAUCAGCAACUGGCCGGUUCUGAUGUCCUUGUGUAAGUGAACAGGUCCCUCAGGCUGCCAGUGAUCCGGGGCCACGCUUUGAGCACUAUGGAUUGCAGGAGACUCGGAUUUCACAUGAUUGUGAUUUUCUUUGGAUUUACACAGUUCAUUCUUCAGUCAGAAGGUACCUGUAUCUAUCAAGGUUCCCUGUUUGCGGAGUCAGCAAUAUUACAUAUCAAAAAGUAUCCACCAAGAAGAUCACACAUAGUGGUGAAUAACACAGAAUGGAAACCAGAUUCUUGUCAGGACUGCGUAUGUCAUAAUGAUAUUGUUGUCUGUGAGACCACCUCUUGCAGAGACCCCCAGUGUGACUUUUCUGAGGGAGAAGUUUUACGGAUUGAACCCAGUAAGUGUUGUCCUGAAUGUGGCUCAAGAACUCAAGGAUUUUGUCAACAUAAUGGAACAACCCAUGCUCAUGGAACCCAGUGGGAAGACUCUGAAUGCACAAUAUGCUCAUGUUGGAACAGCAAGAUAACCUGUACUUCAAAGCCUUGCCCAAACCUGAGAUGUUGGAAGGGGGAAAGUGAGCAUGUCGUACCUGGAGAAUGCUGCCCAGUGUGUGUGGGAACUGGAGAGCCUUGUUCUCUUAAUGGCAGCAUGGUGCUGGAUGGAGCAGAGUGGAAGCUGAGUCAUUGUUCUAGGUGUUCUUGCAGGAAUGGUGUUAUCCAAUGCUCAACUGUGGAUUGUCUGCCUAAAGUGUGUGAAAAGGAUGAAACCUUGGCUGUUGUUCCAGGAAAGUGUUGUCCCGAGUGCCUUUUAAAAUCCUGUCAUGUUGGAGGAAAAACAUAUGAGCAUGGAAUGCAAUGGAAAAAAAAUAUUUGCACAACUUGUAUAUGCGACAAAGGACAUGUGAAUUGCCACACAAAAAACUGCUACCCUGUUACAUGUGACAAGGGCCAGACAAAGGUGAAGCGUGCUGGCAAGUGCUGUGAGCAAUGUGUGCCAUCUAAAGGAAGUUGCCUGUAUGAGGGUUCAGUGCGGUAUCAUGGUGAUCUCUGGAAUGGAAGUUCCUGUGAUUUUUGCUUAUGUGCACAAGGGAAAGUCACCUGUCAGAAAGCCCAGUGUGCCAAAGUGGAAUGCUCAUGGGGAGAAGAACUAGCUCAUUUGAAUGGUAAAUGUUGUCCAGAAUGUAUGCCAAGUACAAGCUACUGUAUUCAUGAAGAACAUGACAGUCAGAAUUCUGAUUCAGCUUUGAGUGGGAUUAAACAUUUGGUGAAUGGGGAGAAGUGGACAGAAGGAGCAUGCAGACAGUGUGAGUGCCAGCAAGGCCAGGUUGUUUGCUUCUCACCAUCGUGUCCUUCAUGUCCUCUUGGAACCCUUGCUGUGAGUGUGGAUGGAGAGUGCUGCCCACAAUGCAGAUCAGAUCACUGCAACCCAGACUGCUUAACCUGCUCUCAGUCUGUUGAACACUGUGAAAUCUGCCGUGAUGAGGCUCAUUUGCUCCAGAAGGGACACUGUGUGGUCAACUGUGACCCAGGCUUCUAUCAGGAUGGCAAAACAUGUCAAGAAUGUAAAAUGUCCUGUUCCAGCUGUAAGAAUGGAUUAGUGUGUACAUCUUGUGUGGGAUCCCUGCUGCUGAAACAUGGCCAGUGUGUCCCCAACUGUGGAGAUGGCUACUUUCAACAACGUCAUAGCUGUAAAGCAUGUCAUGCAUCCUGUUCAAUGUGCCAUGGUGCCUCAGAAGGUGAUUGCAUUACCUGCAGGGACCCCUCACAGGUGAUUCAAGCUGGCAAGUGUAUAAGCAGCUGUGGCCAUGGAUUCUACAUGUGGAAUGGAACUUGUGCAGCCUGUGACGCUACGUGCCAGUCAUGUUUACCUGAUGGCAGAUGCUUUACUUGUGCCAAGGGCAGAAAGUUUUACAGAGGUACCUGUGUUUUGGAAUGCCCUGGUGGCUAUUAUGCAGAUUCUUCUGGAUUAUGUAUAGCCUGUCACAGAGAAUGUGCAUCCUGUUCCGGUCCGCUAGCCAACCAAUGUACUUCCUGUUUGCCUCCUCUUGCCUUAUUAAAAGGGCAGUGCCUCCUUGACUGUGGUGAAGGAUUUUUUUCCAAUAAAAGUGUCUGCAAUGCCUGUCAUCCAUCUUGUCGUGCCUGCCUGGGCCCAGAACACUCACACUGCACGAAAUGCAUAAAGCUGGAGCAAGGGCUGCAGGCAGUGCAAGAAUAUGGAGGAAAGCCUUAUGGGACUUGUCAGACUCAUUGCAAUCUCCACUUUUAUAUGGACAGUGUUGGCAUCUGUCAAGAUUGUCACCCUUCCUGUAAAAGUUGCUCUGGUGGAGAUAAUAAGAACUGUACAUCCUGUCCCUCACAAUAUGUGCUACACAGAGGAGCAUGUUUGCAAAGAUGCCCUGAUGGAUAUUACAACAAGGAGUCAACUUGCUACAUAUGCCAUCCAUCUUGCAAGGAAUGCAGUGGGCCUUCUGAUGCAGAAUGCCAGACCUGUCAUCCACAUGCUGUUCUUACUGGUGGAAGCUGCAAAACCCACUGUGCAGAUGGACAGUACCUCAACCUAGUGGGUUAUUGUGUGGAUUGCCAACCUCAGUGCCAAUAUUGUGUUGCAAACCUACAAGACACAGGCAGCGUUUGCUUGAAGUGCCAAUAUUCUCGAUACUACUUUCUUGAAGAUCGCUGUGUAUCUGAGUGUCCAGCUGGAUUUUAUACAGAUGGAAGAAACUGUAAACGCUGCAACCUCUCCUGCAAAACCUGUAGUGGACCAUGGAUAAAUUCCUGUACUUCCUGCGAGGACGGUCUUGUUGUGUCUCACAAUGGCAUGUGUGUGCAAAGCUGUUUCCGAGGUUAUUACAGAGAAGGGCAAGUCUGCAAAGCAUGCAACAGUCAGUGUUUAACCUGUGACUCAGCAAGCAGUUGUACUUCAUGCAAAGAUCCAAACAAAGUGCUUCUGUUUGGGGAAUGCCAGUAUGAAAGUUGCACUCAGCAGUAUUAUCUUGACUACACCAGCGGAAACUGCAAAGAGUGUGAUUGGAGUUGUAACGCUUGCAAAGGGCCUCUGAAAAGUGACUGCCUGCAGUGUAUGGAACACUAUGCUCUGCAUGCUGGGGCCUGUGUAGAACACUGCCCACCUGCCUUUUAUAAACAUGGGGAGACAUGUCGAGAGUGUGGAGAACACUGCCAUGUCUGUAGUGGGCCCUUUCAAUGCAUUCGGUGUGAGGCUCCAUUUUACUUACUGGAUGGGCAUUGUGUCAGUGAAUGUGGAAAACAGCACAAGGUAUCCCAAACUGGCCGACUUUGUCUUGUUUGUCCACCUGGAUGCCUUGACUGUGAUGAAUCUAAAAUAUGUCAUUUGUGUGACGGGAAGACUUUUCUGAAGAAUCAGCUUUGUGUGUCUCACUGUGGUUCUGGCUUCUCUGGCAAUCCUAUAAACAGAAGAUGUGAAGUGAAUGUCCAUGCCCCAUUACUUGCUGUGAAUGGGUCACUUACAGUGGGAAUUGGUGCAAUGAGGGCUUUGGAUUUUUCCUUUAUGAAUGUGAAAGACCAGGACAAUGAGGACAUAAGCCUCAUAUUUCAUGUAGUAAAUGUUCCCAUGAAUGGACAAUUGGUAAAAUUCUUGGAUGGCAAAGAAGUUCACCUCAACAAAGACGCUCACUUCAGUUGGAAGGAUCUGAAAGAACAAAGAGUGUAUUUUAAGCACAGCAGAGACAAAUCAAGGAAUGGGAUUUUUGCCUUAAAAGUAAGCGACGGACAUUUUUUUUCAGAACCUAAAAACAUCAAUAUACAAGCAGUUUCAACAAAGGCAACUUACAUCCUUAAGAAUGAAGUUCUUAUGGUUGCCAGGGGAGAAGCAGGACCUAUAUCAAGUUCAGUACUGGAUCUGCAAGAUGAUGACAAUCCCCAAGAUGUUGUAUUGACUAUUUUGGAAAGUCCAAGAAAUGGCCAAUUAGUUAUCCUUCCUAGGAAAGCUUCUGCCCACGAAGUCCGACUUGAUGACAUUAGAAAUGGGAUCAUUCACUAUGUUCAUGAUGGAUCAGACAGCCAUUCAGAUGUAAUUCUUUUUCAAGCCAGUGAUGGAUACCAUUUCUUGAAUUUUCUUUUCCAUGUGGAAGUUACUGAAAAGCAGACAAGCAAAGGCCUUCAACUUGUGCUAAACUCUCCUGUGUGGGUGCCUGAGGGAGGAAUGCUGCAAAUAUCCAAUAAUUUAUUGCAAGCCAGGGCUUCUGAUACCACCAACUCCGAGAUCGUCUAUACAAUCAUUAAUGAACACCCACGGUUUGGUGAUGUUGUUUUACUAGUCCCAAUGCCCGCUGAUGGCCCUGCAAAUGGAUGGCAGCGCCUGCCUGAUGGUAGAAUAGCCACACAAACGUCCUCAUUUACGCAACAGGAUAUCAAUGAAGGACUUGUGUGGUAUAGACAGUCUGGAUCUCAUUCACAAGGGAGAGACUCAUUUACUUUUCAGAUUUCGAGUGCCACUACUCAGACUCCACAGGACAGUCAUGUUUUCAGCAUUGGUAUUGUUCCAAACCAUCUUGGGGCCCCUCAGCUGUCUCCUGGAUCCUCUCUUCAUAUGACUGCACUCGAAGACCGUUUGACAGUGAUUGGAUCCCAUUAUCUUUCCUUUGUUGAUGCAGAGAGCCCAAGCGAAAAAAUAGUCUACAAUGUAACUGUGCCCUUGCGGCCAAGUGAAGGGACCUUGGAACACAAAGACAGGCCCCUCUCCUCGGUGCCUUACUUCACACAGGCAGACAUUAACCAAGGCAAGAUUGUAUAUCGGCCACCCAGAGCUGCAGCACACCUGAGUGAAAUUGCUGAGUUUUCCUUUGCAGGACUACCGGAAUCUGUGAGAUUCUUCUACACAGUCUCAGACGGGGAAUUCACUACAGCUGAAAUGCCAUUUACCAUCCAUUUGCUCUCCUCUGGGCACCAGCCUCCUGUCUUUCAGCUGAAAUCCCCAUCGCUGGAGGUCACUCAGGGUGGCAGAGCUCCCAUUGGGGUUCAGCUAGCAGUAACUGAUACAGACACUGCACCAGAAGAUUUGUUUUACCAGCUGGUAGAGCCACCCCAACACGGCCUACUUAUGAAGUCUGAAGCUGGCAUGCAGGAUCCUUUGAAUACAGGGGAUACAUUCACAUAUGAAGAUGUGAACAGGAAUGUGCUACAUUAUGUUCAUGAUGGUUCAACCUCUACAGAAGACAGCAUGGAGAUUGCAGCUAUAGACGGAAUAACAUCUAGCACAACAAUUGUGAGGGUAAUAGUGUCACCAGCAAAUGACAAUGGGCCUCGUCUUGUUCCUGGCUCUCUAUUGGCUAUCACUGUGGCUACUGGGAAGUCUGUUACGAUAAGAAGAGCAAAUCUUGCAUACAUGGAUAAUAAUUCUCCUGAUUCAAGCAUCAGGAUCCAGUUGGUCUCUCUGCCAAUGUAUGGUAUUCUCACCAAAACAAAGUCAGGUCAAUCAGCUGAAGAACUUUCGGAAUUCUCUUCUUUUAGUAUGGAAGAUAUAAACAAUGGAAGAAUUAAGUAUACUACUAUUAUUGAAUCUGACAGCCAAACAAUCACAGACAUUUUUCACUUUACUGUAUACAAUGCUCUCAACUUUCGUCUGGACAAUCAGAUGUUUACCAUAACAAUUACAUCUGCUGAGCGGCAGCUUCCUGUCACUACAUCUGCCACUGGAAUAGCUGUUGAAGAAGGAGGGAAAGUUUUGAUACCGUCACACUACUUAUUUUCUAGCGAUUUAUUAACAUUUGGGGGUCAAUUGAGAAUUAAAAUAAUUAGUUCUCCAAAGUUUGGAUACUUGGAAAACAUUAAGAAUGGUGGAAGAACAUCACUUGGAGGUCAAAUAGGCUCAGAUUCUACAUUUUCCAUUCAAGAUUUUUUGGAAAACAGAAUUUACUAUGUCCAAAGUAUUCAUGAAAGCAGUGAGCCAAGCAGUGACUACUUUAGCUUCUUUAUGACAGAUGGUACCAGCCAGUCUGAGACAUACAACCUAAGCAUUGCCAUACAGAACAAGAAUGACGAACCACCUAAGAUUGUUGUACUGCCUCUCAAAAUUCAUGACAAAUCAGGAGCAGUAAUACAGGAUAGUUGCUUAAGUGUUCAGGACAUGGAUACUCAAGAUAAUGAGCUUGUUUUCACUGUAACUAAAACACCAACAAAUGGUCACUUACGCAGGAGGCAGUUUUAUUCAGAGCCCUUGGAUAAUGGAAGGGUUCUGUCCCAAGGAGCAUCUUUUACCUAUCAAGAUGUUAUGGAUGAGCUGAUUGCUUAUAUCCCAGAGAAUAUGGCUAUCGCAUCAGAUGAUUUCAGGUUCUCCCUAUCAGAUGGGGUCUUCACUGAGAAUGGCAGGGUUCAGAUUUCCAUAGAGCCACAAAGGAAAGAGCCUCCAAGAAUGUCUAUAAACCGAGGGUUACAAAUCUCUGCAGGAUCAAUAGCUACAAUUACUGAUCAAUAUUUAAAGGGAACAGAUAUAGAUUCAGAUGCUGCUAACCUCAGAUUCAUCAUAAAGAAGGAUCCAGCAGUUGGGAGGCUACAGAUGUCAAAGAGCAUCAACCUGGUGCAAAUAUCUGCAAGGGGACCAGUUAGUAGCUUUACCCAAACAGAUAUUAAUAAAGGGUUUAUUCAAUACAAGCAUGAGAAAGGAGACCCAGGUGGAAGCUUUGCUUUCAAGUUUGAUGUGGUUGAUGCAGAAGACAAUAAACUGAUUGACCAGUCAUUCUAUAUUAGCAUAAUUGAAGAUAAAUUACCACCAUCCAUUACUGCAAAUAAAGGUCUUACUUUGGAUGAAAACUCUUUGAAAAAAAUCACCACUCUACAAUUGUCAGCCACCGAUCAGGACAGUGAGCCCCGAGAUCUCCUAUUUCACAUUAAUAAGCAGCCCAGCCUUGGUCACCUUGAGCACGUGGGAACUCCAGGUAGAAAAAUUAGCAGCUUCAGCCAGGCAGACCUGGAGUCCCGCAGCAUCCAGUACAUUCACACCAGUGCAGAAGAAAAGCAUUCUGAUGAAUUCACCUUUACAGUUUCUGAUGGAUUCAAUGAGGUGUCUCAGACAUUUUAUAUCACCAUUAAUAAAGUGGAUGACUCUUUGCCCGUGGUGCAGAAUUUGGGCAUGAGAGUGCAGGAAGGGGUGCGGAAAACCAUCACAGAGUUUGAGCUAAAAGCAGUGGAUGCUGAUACUGAGGCAGAAUCUAUCAUGUUUACCAUCGUUCAGCCUCCCCGGUACGGCGUGAUUGAGAGGAGUAUCAAUGGGCAGAGCUAUCGACAAGCCACUACCUUCACUAUGGAUGACAUUUACCAGAAUAGGAUCAGUUACAAUCAUGAUGGAAGUAACACGCUUAAAGACCGGUUUUCUUUCACUGUUUCGGAUGGUACUAACCCAUUCUUCAUUGUAGAGGAAGGAGAGAAAGAGAUUGUAACUGCAGCCCCUCAGAGGUUUAAGGUGGAUAUUCUUCCAGUGGAUGAUGGAACUCCAAGAAUUGUCACCAAUCUGGGUCUCCAGUGGCUGGAGUACAUGGAUGGCAAGGCAACCAACUUUAUCACAAAGAAGGAACUAAUGACUAUGGACCCAGACACAGAAGACAGGAAUUUGAUCUAUGAAAUAUCAAGCGGGCCUUCACACGGCCAUUUGGAAAACAAACUGAAACCUGGUGUUUGGCUCACUUCCUUUACACAAGAGGAAAUAAAUCUGGGUUUGAUACAAUAUACUCUGCAUGAAGAUAAGCAUAAAGAGACAAUGGAUAAUUUCAAGUUCCUUGUGAAAGACAGUAAACCUAAUGUGGUCAGUGACAACAUGUUUCAUAUCCAGUGGUCUCUCAUUAGCUUCACACACAUGAGCUACAAUGUGAGUGAGAAAGCAGGCUCCAUCAGCGUCACUGUGAAGAGAAGUGGAAAUCUGAACCAGUAUGCUAUAGUGCUAUGUCGCACAGAACAGGCAACAGCCACAUCAAGCUCCAGUGUGGGCCUGAAACCUGGGCAGCAGGAUUAUGUGGAGUAUGCAGGACAGGUGCAGUUUGAUGAACGGGAGGAUACUAAAACUUGCACUAUCAUUAUAAAUGAUGAUGAUGUGUAUGAGAACAUCGAACGAUUCACAGUGGAGCUCAGCAUGCCUGCGUACGCCCUAUUGGGCCACAUCACUAAAGCCACAGUUAACAUUAAUGACACAGAGGAUGAGCCCACCCUGCAGUUUGAGAAGAAGAUAUACCGUGCCAAUGAAAGUGCAGGGCUCAUGUCUGUACCCAUUGAAAGAAAAGGUGACCCAGCCAGUAUAGUGUCUGCCAUUUGCUACACAGUGCCUAAAUCAGCCAAAGGCAGCAGUGUCUAUGCACUUGAAUCUGGUUCAGAUUUCAAGUCCAGAGGAAUGUCCAAUGAAAAUCGUGUCAUUUUUGGACCCGGAGUUACAAUGUCAACCUGCGAUGUGAAACUAAUCGAUGACAGCGAAUAUGAGGAAGAGGAAGAAUUUGAAAUAGCUCUGGCUGAUACCUCUGAGAAUGCAAGAGUAGGAGACAUCGCUGUAGCCAAAGUUGUGAUUGAAGGACCCAAUGACGCUUCCACCGUCUCCCUUGGAAAUGCUACAUUCACUGUUAGUGAGGAUGCAGGCUCUGUUGAAAUACCUGUAAUAAGAAGUGGACCAGAUCUUUCUGUUCCCACUUCAGUGUGGUGCGCAACCCGCCCUUCUGAUCCUCCUUCUGCAACUCCUGGAAUUGAUUAUGUCCCCAGCUCCAAGAAGAUAGAAUUUAGGGCAGGGAAAACCAUUGAGUACUGUACUUUGACUAUAAUGGAUGACACCCAGCACCCCGUGAUUGAAGGACUGGAGACAUUUGUGGUUUUCCUAAGCUCUGCACAAGGGGCUGAACUUACCAAGCCAUUUCAGGCUACUGUGACAAUAAAUGACACCGUCCAGGAUGUACCCAGCAUGCAGUUUGGUAAGGAAGUCAUAACAGUGAAGGAGAAAGAUGGAGUCUUGCAUGUCCCUGUGCUGCGUACUGGGGACUUAAGCUAUGAAUCUUCAGUACGCUGCUAUACACAGUCUCAAACUGCAAGAGUGAUGGAUGACUUUGAAGAAAGGAGAAAUUCGGAUGACUCCCGAAUUAUAUUUUUAAAAGGAGAAAAAGUGAAAAAUUGCACUGUUUUAAUAAAUGACGACUCCGUCUUUGAGCCAGAAGAACAGUUUAAGAUUUACCUUAGCAAUCCUCUUGGAAGUCACUGGAGUGGAGCUAGGACUGGAAAAAAUGACAUAGCUACCAUUACUAUUUCCAAUGAUGAGGAUGCUCCAACUAUUGAAUUUGAGGAAGCUACAUAUCAGGUUAGAGAACCUCAGGAACCAGAUGGGGUUGCUAUAUUAAACAUUAAAGUGAUCAGAAAAGGAGAUCAGAACAGGACAUCAAAGGUCCGCUGCAGCACACGUGAUGGGUCUGCUCAGUCUGGAGUUGAUUACUACCCCAAAAGCCGUGUUUUAAAAUUCAGCCCUGGUGUAGAUCAUAUUUUGUUUAAGGUGGAGAUUCUGUCCAAUGAAGACAGGGAGUGGCAUGAAUCAUUUUCGCUGGUUCUUGGCCCAGAUGAUCCCAUUGAGGCUGUUCUCGGUGACAUCACCACAGCCACGGUGACAAUCCUGGACCAGGAAGCGGCAGGCAGUCUGAUUUUACCUUCCCCUCCUAUUGUUGUGUCAUUGGCUGAUUAUGACCACGUGGAAGAGGUCACGAGGGAAGGUGUGAAGAAGUCUCCAUCUCCUGGAUAUCCAUUGGUGUGCGUGACACCAUGUGAUCCUCACUUUCCAAAAUACACGGUGAUAAAAGAGCGUUGUGAGGAGGCUGGCAUUAACCAGUCUACAAUAGUAUUUAGCUGGGAAGUAGCAACGCCAACUGAUUCAAAUGGGGCCAGAUCUCCCUUUGAGACAAUCACUGACACAACUCCUUUUACUGGUGUCAAUCACAUGGUCCUGGACAGCAUUUACUUCAGCAGGAGGUUCCAUGUACGAUGUGUUGCCAAAGCGGUGGAUAAAGCAGGACAUGUUGGGACACCACUACGAAGUAAUAUCAUAACUAUAGGAACAGAUAGUGCUAUUUGCCACACUCCUGUGGUAGCGGGAACUGCCAGAGGUUUCCAGGCCCAGUCUUUUAUUGCCACAUUGAAAUACCUGGAUGUGAAACACAAAGAACAUCCCAAUAGGAUUCACAUAUCUGUUCAGAUUCCACAUCAGGAUGGCAUGUUGCCUUUAAUUUCAACUAUGCCACUGCACAACCUCCACUUCCUUCUUUCGGAGUCAGUUUACCGACACCAGCAUGUCUGCUCCAACCUGGUCACUGUUCGUGAUCUUCGAGGCAUCUCCGAAGCUGGAUUCCUGGAUGAGGUGACAUAUGACAGCAUAGCUGUGGGCCCUGGCUAUGAUAGGCCGUACCAGUUUGAUCCAAAUGUCAGAGAACCAAAAACUAUCCAACUCUACAAACACCUGAACCUAAAGAGCUGCAUAUGGACAUUUGAUGCCUAUUAUGACAUGACGGAGCUCAUUGAUGUUUGUGGAGGAGCAGUGACGGCAGAUUUUCAGGUGAGAGACUCUGCUCAGUCUUUUCUGACAGUCCACGUGCCUUUGUAUGUGUCUUACAUAUAUGUGACGGCACCAAGAGGUUGGGCAUCCUUGGAGCAUCACACAGAGAUGGAAUUCUCAUUCUUCUAUGAUACUGUUCUCUGGAGAACAGGGAUUCAGACGGACAGUGUGCUCUCUGCAAGGCUUCAGAUAAUUAGAAUUUAUAUCCGUGAGGAUGGCCGUCUGGUCAUUGAGUUUAAAACCCAUGCCAAAUUUAGAGGUCAAUUUGUCAUGGAGCAUCACACCCUUCCAGAUAUGAAAUCACGCAUCAUGGCCCCUGACCACUUGGGUGGUAUUGAGUUUGAUUUGCAGCCUCUGUGGAGCGCUCAGACCUUUGACUCCCCUUAUCAGCUGUGGAGAGCUACCAGUUCAUACAGCAGAAAAGACUAUUCAGGAGAGUAUACAAUUUAUCUGAUUCCUUGCACUGUGCAGCCUACACAGCCAUGGAUUGAUCCUGGAGAUAAGCCCCUGGCUUGUACAGCUCAUGCCCCAGAAAGGUUUCUUAUUCCUAUAGCCUUCCAGCAGACUAAUCGGCCUGUUCCUGUUGUAUACUCAUUAAACACUGAGUUUCAGCUUUGUAACAAUGAGAAGAUCUUUUUAAUGGACCCCACCAAAACUGAAAUGUCCCUGGCUGAGAUGGAUUAUAAAGGAGCUUUUUCAAAAGGUCAGACUCUUUAUGGCAGAGUCCUCUGGAAUCCAGACCAGAACCUCAACUCUGCCUACAAACUUCAGCUUGAGAAGGUUUAUCUUUGCACAGGAAAAGAUGGAUAUGUGCCUUUCUUUGACCCAACUGGAACAAUUUACAAUGAAGGUCCCCAGUAUGGUUGUAUACAGCCUAAUAAACACCUGAAGCACAGGUUUCUGCUCUUGGAUCGCAACCAGCCUGAGGUGACUGAUAAUUUUUUCCAUGAUGUCCCUUUUGAUGCUUGCUUUGCAUCAGACUCGCCAGAUUUUCAUUCCAUGAGCAGUAUGCCUGGAGUAGAUGGAUUUACAAUGAAAGUUGAUGCUCUUUACAAGGUGGAAACUGGACAUCAGUGGUACCUUCAGGUGAUCUACAUUAUUGGGCCAGAGACAAUGGCAGGGCCAAGAGUUCAGCGGUCCCUAACCUACCAUCUUAAACGUGACCGCAGAGAUAUAGUAGACAAAAACGGCAGACUGACCCUUGAUGAUUCUUUGAUUUAUGACAAUGAAGGAGAUCAAGUCAAGAAUGGCACCAACAUGAAGAGUUUAAGCUUAGAAAUUGAGGCUGCUGCAGCUUCCUCCUCACAGACUGGAGCUUCAGUUGGAAGUGCCUUUGCAGCUAUCAUGCUGUUAAUGCUAAUUCUAUUGGCUGUUUGCCUUAUAACACAGAAAUGUAGAAGAAAUAAAAAGAAAAUGCUGGCCAGGGAUAUGCGAGAGGAAUACCCACUCAACACAAAGGUGGAAGCAUCUAGGAAAAACAUAGAUAGGGUAGAAAAGAAUUUCAACAGGCAGCAUUGCACAGUCAGAAAUAUCAACCUGCUCAAUGAAAGCAAAGACACCUAUGAAUUAAAACGUGUCAAGGUGAAGCAAGUCAAUCUUGAAGUUAAAGUUCACAACAAUCUACAUGAUGGAACAGAAGUUUGAUGCCAUAAUCACGGCCUCACACAUUCAUUCAUUUGUAUAUUGUUUUAUUUUUUAAUCUGUUUUAUAAAGUGUAAAAUUAGAAAGAAGCACCAGUAUUUUUAUAAUCUGGGGUGAAAAAGGGAAAAGUAAUGUGUUUGGUGGGCAUGCAGUACGUGCUUCAGCUCACAACUGAACUACCUCGUUAUGCCCAACAUGUGAGAUACAGGGGCACGAUGUGCUGUCUUUCCCACUGCCCUAACAAUGCACUGCACAUGUUGUAGACACUGCCACCAUAGGUUAAUUAUUUGCCAUGAUUUUAUACUAUUUGUUCCAUAUAUUCAUGUAUCCCCGUGUAUUUCUAAUGACCAUGCACAUGAGUCUAGAUUGGUCUCAUUAUUUUAAAUCCUAUCAAGUGCCUCCCUGCUGAGGUGUUAAGCAGGAAAGUGGAAAUAAUCUUCCAAAUAAUGAGUAGUAAGUUAAUUGGUAGAUGUGAGUUGACGGGAAGAGUGUAAACAAAUGUAAGAGAGAAGGGGAAUGAAAGGGAAGGAAAAGGGGAUAUAGGAUUAUAAAGAGGGGGGAAUCAGGAGACAAGAAAACACAAUCAUUAUGUAGCAUGCAAAGAAUAAUAUGAGGGAUGCCAAAAAAACACAUUUGAGGGUAAGGACACAAGAACAGAUUUGGGGAGAUUAGUCGCCCCCGCGACAAUCUCCCUGAACUGCAUUCUCCUACCCUCCCACUGGCUAUAAUGAAAAAUCGCCAGGGGGAUGGCACUCGCGGCAAUUUGUUUUCGAAGCCGCCCCAAGUUGCCUCACGAGGAAGUCGCCCGAAGAAAAGUUGAUUUGUCGCCGGGGCGACUAAUCUCCCCGAAUUUGCCUGUGUGUCCUUAAGGCCCUUAGAGAGAAAAAUCACCAAGAUAAUGGGGGAGGUAACAGGAGGCAUUUUAUUUAGAUUUGCUUGACUCUGGUGUAUCCUAGACUAUCUAGGAACUUUUCAGUGCACUCUUAUGAGCCUACAGGCUCAUCUCAAAGGCAUCUAUGGAAUUCGCUGGUGAACUUGGUGUUAAUUGUCUGCUUGCUGGGUUUGUAGGAGUCACUGAAGAUGGAUGAUAAGCAUAAAGCACAUGUGGAGCACAGAGAAAGAUAUAGAACAUAAUGGCUUUUCUCCCUCUGGUGCUGCUUUUAUUUGCAGUCAGUCUCUAUCACCGGUGACUCCUGCACCUCAUACACAACCUUGAUAAAAAAAAAAAGCACCUGUGUGGAAGAGCCGUACAUCUGUUCAAAAACAACAUACACAACAUUCUCCAUGUAGUAUGAAGGUAGCCUGGAAAUCAAAAACAAUUGUAGUAUUUGUCUCACAUUAGAGAACACUCACAGAUUUAUAUGAUAUUAAGAGGCCAAAUACCUGUCUCCUGCUCAAACUCUUAUUUUCUAGCUCUCUACCCUAAGGGCUAAACUUCACGGGACAUUUUGUAGGAUGGUGUUGGAUCAACAGAUCGCAUCCUACAAAUCGCAUGUAGUAGCAUGGGUCAAAAUAUAAUGGUACUGAUACAAAAAAAUCUGAUGUGUAACUCCCUGGAAGAUUUU